AUGUCGGGCGUCAACGACAGCCCUCCAGACCUUGAGAAGCACCGCCUACAGCUCGAAGAAAAUAUCAGUCGGCUGACACGAGCCUUGCGGCAUUGGCAAACUUGGGAUGCCGAAUACGAGGCUCUGAAGGAAGAGAUCGAAGCUGUUGGGGAACCAUGCAGUCCCGACGAACUACGCCGCGUCCACGAUGAGUUUGAUGGUGAGCUGUUGGUCGGCAAGGAGAUUGGUGAGGUGUUUGGUGUUCAUGAGUUGAAGCCUAGAAAUCAGAUUAUCAACGUGUUGCAACGGCGCAUCGACUACGUCGGGAAGAAUGUUGUGAGCCUGGAGAAGCAGUUGGAAGCAGCGGAAAACAAGUACGCGGCUGCUACGGCUGGAAGUCAGCUUGAUGCUGUAGAUGAGGCUGGGCAGCCCAUCACCGAAAUUAUUGAGGAACUGGACGAUGAGGACAAUGUCGUUUCAUAUCGACUCAACAACCCUGGAGCGGCUCUACCCAAGGUCAAGGAAGCCUUGGAAAGGGCGGGGGUUGACGACCUCGAAUACCAGACGCCGGAAGCAGAAGAGAAAUCAGGAAUCUCAGCAAAAGAGCCCAACGAAGUGUCGUUGAAACCGAAACCCGCAGCUCCAAGACAACCCACCCUUUCGGGAACACCUCCAGCGCCGCCAGUCAAGAAGAGUGUGUCAUUCUCAGAAGACGUCAAGGCUGCAAAUCCGCUGCCGGAAAUGUCAGUAAGAGCGAAGCGCGUAGACCGGAUAAUGAGAACUGCCAAGGAACAAGAAAGCAUCAGCCAUGAAACGGCCAUCAUCCCAGAGGAUGAGGAUCCUGAUGAUGCGGCUCUUCGACAACAAAUGUUGCAAUAUGGCAUGGGCGAAGUCGGGGCCGUGGUGGCCGAGUUGGAGCUUGAAGAAGUCGACUCGGAUGACGACAGUGGCUUCGACUACGGCGAUGAUGAUUUUGAUGAUGACGACAGUGAGGAAGACAGAUUUGGGCGGUCCACCGGGGGGAUUGUGACUGAUAAAUACCGUCAGCGGAUGCUCGAAUUGGAACAGAAACUGGGUAUCAAAUCUCGUUUCACCGAGCAAGCGGAGCAGACAGCCCAGGAUGAAAGGCCAAACGACGACACGGAAGGGAUUGGCCGCAUCGUCGUCAAACGAGAACCCGACACCACACCAUCCGCAUCGAAAUGCGCGCCUCCGAGAUCUCACAAGGGGGGGGAGGGCGUGCGAUUUGCACAGACCCUUGAUAUCGCUCCAGAAAACAAACCACCAGCGUCAAAGCCAGCGAGAGAAGCCGCGGGCGUUGAACCUCUAAGCGAUGUUGUUGAGCGAACAACUCCCACAAAGACGCCCGAGACGAAGGCGACUCGGAAACCGUCGAGAUUCAAAAAGGCCAGAGGUGAAAAUGUUUCAUGUGACGCGAUUCCGAAAGGACCCUUUGACGUUCCCUCUAGAUUUCUACAGCAGGAGCCUCGAGUUGUCCCCACCGGGCCAGAGGGUUCAACCAUGGCCGACAAGUUGAUUGAGCGGGACACACCGACCAGUGUUACUGCGCCUGACGAGCUCGAUGACUCCAUGGCACACCAAGAAGUCGCCGAUGAGUAUCAGCGAAUGCGGAGAAAGUUCAUCCAUCGUGAUGGCGGCUUCUUGAAAGCGGACGAGUCGAUCAUCCAGCCGCUUGAUGAAGCCGACGGCGGAGAACCCAUCAGUCGCUUCAAGGCUGCCCGUCUUUCAAAACAAUAA